UUACCCGCUCCGAUCCCCAGGUCCCCAUUCCACUCCACCCAGUCUCCUGGCGAUCCAUGGCGGCGGCGGCGCCCACCGGUUGCUACAAGUGCGGCCGUCCGGGCCACUGGUCCCGUGACUGCCCCUCCGCGGCGCCCGGCGCCGCCGCAUCCACCGACAACCUUAACCCUAACCCCAAGCCCAGCGCCUCCCGCUUCGCCCCUUACCCGAGGCCGAGGUUCGGCAAGACCGCCCCGGCGGCGGCAGACGGGGAGGAAGGGAGUGGCGGCCAGGCGCAGAGCAAGAAGAAGAAGAAGGAGAGGGCGACGCGGCCCAAGCUCACGCCGGACUUGCUGCUUUCCGACGACGGCCUUGGCUUCGUGCUCCGCUACUUCCCCAAGGCCUUCAAACCCCGCGCCCGCCCUGGCCACGAGGUGGAGGAUCUUGGUAAUCUUAUCAAGUUAUACACAGACUGGCACUCUCGCUUGAUCCCUUAUUACUCCUUUGAUCAGUUUGUGCGAAAAGUUGAGAAAGUAGGGGCUAGUAACCGUGUUAGAAGAUGCAUUUCUGAACUAAGAGAGAGGGUUGCCAGAGGGGGAGAUCCUACACUACUGCAUGAGCCGCCGGUAGAAGUCAUACCAGAGGGUGAACCAGAUGGAGCCACAGCUGAAGACCCAAUUUUUGGGACUGAAGCUCCAGUGACCGAAAACCAUAGUGUGGAACAAAUGGAAGAAGAUAUAGAUCCACCAGUGGGAAUCAACGAUGUGGAUCCCACGCAAGAAGAUCUGCUUAAUGAGAUAUACGAGAAGGCAGCUGUUGAGCCACAAAUCCCAGCUGUUGGAGGAAGAGCCGAAGAUGCCCCACAGGCCAUGGCUCCAGAGGAAGCGAAUCCACAACGCGAUCCACCACGAGAAACGCAGAACCAACCGGCCAAGAUUCACCUGACCGAAGAGCAGAGGGCUCGCAUGGAGGCAAACCGACUCAAGGCCUUAGAGAGGGCAGCAGCAGCGCGUGCUCGCGCCUCGCAGCCAGCCUAGCAACCUUCUACUCAGCUACUUGCAUCUUUUCUUUGCUUUUAUCAUUCCCUUGCAUCGCAUUGCAUUGCUCUCGACCCCUAGGAUGGAUGUAUACGUGACACAGGAAUCAGCUCAAAUCCAUUGCUUCUGUGCUACCGCCUGAACAGCAUGUGCAAUGGUGUUUUGCUGGCCUUGAGGCUCGGUGUUGAAAGCAUCUGAUGUGCACCUGCUUCAUGGUUCUUGUAGGCUAUGCUCGUGACAGUGGUUGUUCAUACUUCAUAUCCUUCGUUGUUCCAUCGUGACGUUCAUGAUUGGGUCCCUUCCAUCUUGGUUCGUGGCUUCGAUGAGUUGGGCCGUUGGCUACUACGGCUAGAGUCGGUGUGGACCGUCUGAAGAUGCUAU